GGGAUGCAGAUGGAUGGGCGGUAUUUGAGCAUGAAGUUGGUGGUCGAUGGGAUGGCGCUACAACCGUGCAAUCCAACCUUCGUGCAAGCCCGCGAUGCGAUUCUGGAUGCUGAUGUGGCGCUCACUGGGGGUAAGAAUCGGUGCGAGAUCUGGAAGGGGUUUGCGAAGAGGGGCCUGGGAGCUGGUGCUAGAUAUCGCAGGAUUAGGAGGGUGGGCAGUACGGCUAUUCCUCCAGGAGUUUGUCAGGAUUAA